GAGGAUUAUUCUCGGCCACUUUAAUGGUAGGUCCAUUACGUGCCAAGUUUGCUUGGAACUUCUUAACCAAGCCAAAUUCUCUGUUGAAUCUCAUUCUCAAAGCUAAAUAUGGUGAAGAUAUGUGGUCGGAUUUGGUGAAGCAGUGUUGUUCUCCAACAUGGAAGAUUAUAAAGAUGGGAGUUCAUUUCCUUAAAAGAAUUAUUAGAUGGGAGGUAUCCAACGGUUACUCAAUCAAUUGAAUGCAGGACACUUGGAUUUUGGACAGAAAUCUUACUCAUUGGCCGACUUUUAUCAACAUUCAAAACAAUCAGUAUUUACUUCUUAAUUCUUUUAUCUCCAAUGGAUGUUGGGAUAUAGAGAAACUGAAUACUGUUUUCAGCAAACAUCUUGUAAAACUGAUUCUUAAAAUCCCGAUCUGGAACAAUAGAGAAGCUGAUUCGGUGGUAUUAAAGACAAAAUUCUCUGGGAAAUCUAUUACUGCAUUGGCAUAUGAAGCUAGUUUGAAUCAUAAGGAAGAAGUGGUUCAUUGGAAGUGGUUUAAAAAAUUAAAGUUAAAACCGAAAAUAGAAUUUUUUUGGUGGAGACUUUGUUAUGAUGCUAUUCCCUCUAAUACUUUUCUGUUCAAAAGAAAGUUAAGUAACUGUUCGGGUUGUCCUAGAGGAUGUGGAGAAGAUGAAGAUAACAAUCACUUAGUAGGAAGUUGCUCCAAGAUAAAGAAAGUUAUUGACUUAUUGAAUGGCUGGGGAUUCAAAAUGCCGAGGUUUCAUGACUUUGAAGACUGUUUAGAAAGUUUAAAGAAUGACGUGGGAACCAAUUUGUUGUUUGGAAAUAUUUUUUGCAACAUGGUUUUUCUGGUUUGGAAAAGUAGGUGUAAGUUUAUUCAUGAUAAGUAUGAAGAUUCAGACAACUAUAUUGCUGCCAAUGCUAUUUCCUUUGCCGUGAGAAGCAAUUUUAUUCAUCUCCAAUCGGAAAACUGGGGUGCUAACCAGCUUUUGCUGAAUUCUACUUGGCAUCCUCCUCCUACCGGAUGGAUUAAAAUAAAUAUUGAUGCAGCUCUUAAAAGGAAUCACUUGGCGGGAAUGGGUGGAGUGAUCCGAGAUGAUAAGGGAAGGUUUUUGAUGGCUUUUGGAAACAAAUCUUUGCAUUGGGAUAUUUCUCAUUUAGAAUUAAUGGCUGUUCUUGAUCUGAAAAAGCUGGUCAAAGAUUGGAUGAUGGAGGCUCAAGGUGUGAUCGUAGAAGGAGACAACUUGAAUAUUAUCAAAUUGCUUAAUAAUGCAGUCAAAGAAUGGAAGGUUAGUAAAAAUAUUGAUGAGAAUUUGGCUUUCUUACUUGAGUUUAAGCAAGUUGUUUUUUCGCAUUCUCUUAGAAAUGGGAACAAACUAGCGGAUAUUUGUGCUAAUUUGGCCCUGGUGAGAUCUUUUUUAUGGGAAGAUCUUCAUGAUGCUAUGAUUCCUCCUUCUUUCUUGUAUUGCUUGAAGGAGGAAUGUGAUGCUUUGGGCUUACUUUGACUUGUAGUUCUUUGAUUCCUUUAAUUCAUUUUCUGCAUUUCUUUCAAAAAAAAAAAAGCUUAUCCUUCUUCCAAUCUCAACUCGUGGAAUGCUUGCCAUGUGGAUAUGAUUGUAUUUUUUUAAUAAAUUCUCACAUUGCAUGUUCAUCUCCAUGACUUCAAUAAUGGGCAAUGCGUGCACUAAUUAGUUUAUUCAUCUUUAUAGAAGUGUUUUUUCCUUUUCAUACAAUACAAAAGCAGCACAACAUUCCCGAACUGAUUUUAGUUUGGAAUAAUUGAAAGGUUAUAAAAAAUUUUCAAGUCAGGCUUUCAUUCUUCAUAAUUAUUUCCUGUAUGAUUUUGCAGCGGGUCACUGAGAUUUGUCUUGUUUUAUGGAUUCUCAACGGCAAUGAGUAUGAUAGAAGCUGAGGGCGGCUUUUCAAGAGAUGUUUUGAGGGCAGGUUUCAGAUGAUGAUUCUUUAAAGCAGCUUCUGAUGGAUGAUGGUCAACAUCAUGUUCUUACUGUUGCUUUCAAGAAGCUUAGUUCUGUAUGUUUGGGGUCUACUAAUAGUCCAGUGAACAUCGCCAGAACGAAACUGUUGAAUUGUUUUGUUAGUCUAGCAAGUCUUCUGCAAAUAUUAUUAAUAUGAACUAGAGAAAUUUGUUAUUC